AUGUGUAACAUCUCCUUCUGUAAUGUGGACAGCAAGGUGGAUCAGUACUUUCAGCCCACGCUGUAUAUCAUUGUCAUGGUGCUGGGUCUGCCCACCAACUGCUUGGCCUUGUGGGCCGCCUACUUGCAGGUGCGGCAACACAACGAACUGGGUGUGUACUUGAUCAACCUGUCGGUGGCAGAUCUUCUAUACAUCGGCACGCUGCCCCUGUGGAUCGACUACUUCCUGCAGCAUGACGACUGGAUCCACGGGCAAGAGAGCUGCAAGCUCUUCGGGUUCAUCUUCUACACCAACAUCUACGUCAGCAUCGCCUUCCUAUGCUGCAUCUCGCUGGACCGUUACCUGGCCGUGGCCUACCCGUUGAGAUUCGUCAAAGUACGACGAGUCAAGACAGCCAUCUUGGUGAGCACCAUGGUAUGGCUGAUUGAGAUCAUUGCCAAUUCCGCGCCGCUCUUCCAUGACGAGCUCUUCCAGGGCCGCUUCAACCACACGUUCUGCUUCGAGAAGUUCCCCAUGCAGGACUGGGUGGCGGGCAUGAACCUGUACCGGGUCUUCCUGGGUUUCCUAGCGCCGUGGAGUGCCAUGUUAGUGGCUUACCGCGGCAUCCUGGUUGCCGUGCGCUGCAAUGUCUCCACCGAGCGACAGGAGAAGGCCAAGAUCCAGCGUUUGGCACUGAGUUUGAUUCUGAUUGUGUUACUCUGCUUCGGGCCGUACCAUAUCCUCCUCCUGGUGCGGAGCGUGAUGUUUCUCAGAAAACCGUGUGACUGCGGUUCGGAGGAGCGAUUAUUCGCCGCAUACCACGUCUCGCUGGCGCUCACCAGCCUCAACUGCGUCGCUGACCCUAUUUUGUACUGCUUCGUCAACGAGGGCGCCAGGCACGAUGUGGGCCGGGCUCUCUCCACACUGAUAACCUUUACGUGCCGCAGGGGUUCUGCUUCUUCACCGUCGCAGGCUGACGUGCUCAAUGCCGGAUCAGUCACUUUGGAAACUCCACUGGCGGCCAAGAAGCAACCGUGCGUGAACGCUGACGGCUGCCAAACUAGUGGGUACAAGACGGAAGUGGGGGCGCUCAAGGAGGAAUGUCUACAGAUGACCAUACUUACAGGCAGGAAGUGA